GGCCGGCUCGGUUCUCCUCAGGCCCUUCCCGAGCCGGCGAGCCCGCCCGCCAUGGAGGGGGACGCCCCUGCCGCGGCCGUCGGUGUGAGCUACCAGCCGGCAGGCCCGCCACGGGACGCCUGUGUCUACAGCAGCUGCUACUGUGAGGAAAAUGUUUGGAAGCUCUGUGAGCACAUCAAGAACCAUGACCAGUACCCUUUGGAAGAGUGCUAUGCUGUCUUCAUCUCUAAUGAGAGAAAGAUGAUCCCUAUCUGGAAGCAACAGGCGAGGCCUGGGGACGGACCUGUGAUCUGGGACUACCAUGUGGUUCUGCUUCAUGUUGCCAGUGGCGGACAGAGCUUCAUUUACGAUCUGGAUACCGUCUUGCCCUUUCCCUGUCCUUUUGACACUUACGUAGAAGAUGCCUUCAAGUCUGAUGACGACAUUCAUCCACAGUUCAGGAGGAAGUUUAGAGUGAUCCGUGCAGACACCUAUCUGAAGAACUUUGCUUCUGACCGAUCGCACAUGAAGGACUCCCGUGGGAACUGGAGAGAACCGCCACCGCCCUAUCCCUGCAUUGAGACCCGAGAUUCCAAAAUGAACCUGAAUGAUUUCAUCAGCAUGGACCCUAAGGUGGGAUGGGGAGUUGUCUACACGCUCUCUGAAUUUGCACAUCGGUUUGGCAGUAAACACUACUGAACUUGACACCAGACAUGGAAUUGUGGAGAAAUGAAGGACACGAACACGCCAUCCCCUCAAGUGGGACAGUGAACAUCGUGAUGCAGUGACAGUGGGCCUCCUCUUAGACUUCACAUGAGUAGAACCAUGAAGGAACACGAGUAUAAACAAAGACUUCUUUUUGAUAUGUCAAGGCAAAACUUGACGUAGUGUGUACUUGCUAAGACAGUCCUGUGGCUCAUUGAUUAAGAUACGCGAUGACUUAGGCUCGUGAUCACCCGUGUUGGGGUAGAGGUGUAGACGGACAGCCAGGUCCAACGUCUACACUGGAUGUCUGUGUGGUCUCUGGUUUCUCUGGAAGCUUCUUGGAAGCAGGGCUGAGGCUGGCUGCUCUGUGACUCCCCCUGUGUCCCUAAAACCCUCUCCUGGGGCCGUGCUGCUACUUGAAAAGGCCGGGUCGGUCCUUCCCCGCCAUGGUGUUGCGAAGAUUGCAGUCCCCUCACGCACGAGUGCUAUUUCAUCUGUUUGUGUAUGGUUUGAAUAAAAUAGAAUUUAUUUUUGUUUUGGAAUGAUUUUGUUUUGGUCAUUUACAGACACCUUAACAAUGUGUCUCAUAGCUGAGAACCAUUGCUUUAAGAGUCAUUCAUUUAUCUCAUCUGCCUUUUGGAAAAUGUCUUGGAAAUCUACUUUAAUCAUGUAGUUCCAAAUAAAAGGUAAUGGGCAUUAAGCUGGCAUAUGCGAUCAGCUCUCCUUCAUGUUUGUGUGGUUUUGUUAUUGUAAGAAUGGACAGCGUCUUAACGGCAAGGAUGACUAACCCUUUGUUCUUAGACCCUUUGGCUUGUUGAGAACCUUGCGUUCUGUAUGAGUCUUCCACCUCGUGCGUCGCAGGCUAUUACAGUUACGGACGCAGACAUCUGCCAGGCUCGAGGCCUUGUGAGGUGGGCAUGCAUGCUCAAGGCAGUGCGAGCUAGUGAGCUGGUUCAGAUGAGCAGACAGAUCCUGGGAGAAGCCAGGGAGCUUUGAGUGGGACGGACACAGAAGUAAUCUACACUGUUUUUAUAGCUCAGAGCUGCAUGUGGACGCCACACUGAGAUUCAUUUGGCUCAGGAAGGUCAUGCUCAAAGUAAAAGGGAUAUAUCUUGGCAGGCUGUCUGCAAAAAUACUUUGUCCUGAGCAGACAAGUUUCAGAGAGAUCAAAGGACUGUAAUCUCAUUUGUAAAUUGUAUUUUGGAAUUUUCUUUCCCACAUAAUUUAUGAGCAAAUUUUCAGUCUGCUAUUCAGAAGUAU